UUGGAGGAAGCUUUUCGGAAUCUGACAAUGAACCCAGCUGCAUUAAACCUGAGAGUAGCACAGCUUCAAUUCGAAAUCGACAACGACAAAGAGAAAGUUGUUGAAUCGGCGAUCUCGGAGGUUAAAGGUAAAGAUGAAACGUCUCUCUUGCUCCCGUUGGCGGUCCAUUUCAAGGAUAACGAAUCUUGGGGUGUAGAUGCUGGUGGCCCCAUGAAGGAAUUCUUUUCCCGACUGUUCGAAGAGCUGUUCAAUGUUGAGAAGCAUUCCAUCUUCAAGAAACUCAAGGAUUCUCCUUCGUGUACGACAUUGUGGUUUAACAAGGACGAUAAGGACCUGGACAAAUUGCGAUCAGUUGGCAAGCUGUUUGCUCUGAUGUUCUACAAUAAGGUCAUCGUCACAAUGCCGUUUCCACUUCUUUUCUACAAGAAACUGCUUGAAACUAGCCAAUCCCAGCCUGGCCAGUCCAGUUUCAAAGAUCUGGAACUACUUGAUCCCGGGAUGGCGAAGAGCAUGGAAACAUUGCUAGAGGCGAGUGACGAUGAGCUUUCCGACUACAGAUUUACAGUGGAUGGACCUGUGAACGAACCGGACAUCGAACUCAAACCAGGAGGCAGAGACGAGGUCGUGACCACAGCAAAUGUUCGAGAGUACAUUGAUCUUUACGCCAAGCACUACACAGCAUCCUCCCAGUUCGAUGUAUUCAGUGAGAGUUUUCGGAGCAUGUUCGGUCGUUUCCGUCUUCACCAACGUUUCGCACCACAAGAGCUGAUGUCAUUAUUCCAAGGAAGGGAAUAUGAUUGGAAGGCCUUUCAAAAAGUGAGAAUCUUGACGGGUGCAGACCAUGUCCCCAUUGGUGGUUUCCAGGAGAUUAGUCCUAAGAUGUGGCCUAUGGGAGGAGACGGAGAUUGUAGGGGGAACCCCCCGAAGGAUAUGUGCCCUGAAGUGAAUACUUGUCACGAUUACGUCGUGCUUCAUCUCCCGAUGUACAGCAAAAGAGAGCAUCUCAAAGAACGACUCAUGAAGCUAAUAGAGAUGAAAGGGCAUGGAUUUUAUAAAGAACGUGGUCUAGCACUUCGAUAA